UUGGUAAGCUCCUUGACCACCAACUAACCGCUCUUUUUAUACCCCUUGGGUGCCUACGGUCAUUAAAGAGAAGAGAAAAGAAAAGAAAGAGCAACAAAUUUGAGCAGUGUCUGGUUCAAGUUUGGUGUAUGGUGAGGGGGGAUAGCAAUGGCCGUCGGGAGAUUGAUGAACUUUAGAGUUAUCCUUGGCAUUCGCCUUGGCGUGGGGGCUUUUCGCUCCUCUGUUCGUGCUCCGGCUCAUGUUCCAUUCUUGCCGACUCCUCCUCCAUCUUGGACACGCAAUCCCAUCAAUGCUUUCUAUUUCCUCCAUACAAACAGCGUCAAAGAUUUCUGCGCGCAGGAUGAUGCUAAGCUUGUUAGAGGAAAGAAGAAUUACAAGGAUAGAUCUAAAGUUAAUGUCCCCAGUGCUAGUAAAAUUGAUGCUCAACAUCACAAGUCUGAGACAAAGGUUGCUUUGUUUAUGAGAUCGAUGAAAGAGAAGAUGAAGUUAGAGGAAUUACCUACUACCGCGCUAGGUCUUGGGUUGGCUGGUGCCAUUCCGUUCGUCCUCUUGACUCCUCCACUGUGUUCGAUUUUACCAGGAACUUUAUCAACGAGGUCUUUGGAGGCACAAGCAGCUUAUGGUGCAGUGAUCCUCUCAUUUCUUGGUGGUCCUCAUUGGGGCCUUGCCAUGGUUCGCACGCAUGCUCCUCCUCAUGACAAGGUUUUCAGCAUUAACAUAAGCACUUUCAGGUUUAUCUGGAGCAUUGUGCCAUCUUUAUUGGCAUGGCCAGCUUUAUUGCUAUCAGAUAUCCCAAAAAUGUGUCUUCUGAUUUUUUCAUUUGCUCUGGUGCUUGGAGUUGAUGCUUGGUUCUCUAUACAAGGGAUUUUACCUCUUUGGUUUUUACCUUUGAGAGCACUUUUGACUCUCAUCGUUAUUCUUUGUUUACUCUCAUCGACUCUUCAAGCAUAUUUUAAAAUAAAGGAAAAGUCAAGAAGAGAAGUAAUUGAGGGUUGAAGGCAAUACAUGUUUCUUGGGUUGUAAUUUAUAAAAAAAUUCAAUUGCUUAAUAAUUCCAUAUAGUACAUUACCUUGAAUUUUAAUUGUUUCUAGAGGUAAUGGCUUUGGAUAUUUGUAAAGUUGGUUAAAUGACGCCUUUAUUUCUCAACAUUAUUUGCAUGUAAUGAUUAUUGAGGUGGUGGCAAAUAAAGUCGUGAAGCACUCAUGAAGGUAUAUAUCCAUUUAAAUUUUUGGGAGAUCA